AUGGAUCGCUCCACUUUUUUUCUUAUUCCCGUAUUGAGUGCACAUGGACUGACUGGGAAAGAGGGUCCCCUUUCUUGGCUUUUAGAGCAAGUCAAACGAGGUAUUCCGUUUGAUGUGCCAGCUGCUGUACAACAGUGGCAUGGUCUAAUAGCAGUAAAUUACGCGGCUAGGAAAGCAGGCAUCAAAAAAAUGACGAAUGUGACAGAAGCCAAACGACUGUGUCCCGAUAUUCAACUACUCCAUGUGGCUACGUAUGCUGAAAAUGACACGGAACCUCGCUAUUACGACCAUCCAGACCGCAAUACGCAUAAAGUAUCUCUCGAUGCCUACCGCAAUGCCUCUCGACAGAUAUUCAAAAUUUUCAAUAAAUACUGUGAUAAAAUACAAAAGAUCGGAACAGAUGAAGGUUUUAUGGACGUCACAAAAAUCGUGAAUCAACGGUUAAUCGAACGGUAUAUCGAUCGUAUGCCCGAAUUGCUGGACAACAUCGAUCAAGAAGAAUGUGGUGUCUCUCUUGACUGGGAUAACUUGGGUUAUACAGUCACCUCUUUGGAGGAACAGGCUAGGCGGGCUGCUGCUGCCAUGACGGAUGACGCUUCGUCACAGUCUUAUUGGUCUCCUACCACAUGGAAGGACCUGCAGCUUGCUUUAGGUGCCGAAUUAGCAGCAGAGAUCAGAAAAGAAGUGUAUGAUACUUUACAUUACUUUUGCUCAGCAGGUAAAGAUCCAUUCAUUUAA